AGAGAUUGAUUGGCUGCAAGAUGUCCCAGUGCGCGCAGCAGCCGUGACGCCGUUGCUUAUAAAACAGGGAGGAGACGUCGAGCUGUUGUUUUGUUGUGUUGAGUGCGCAGCUUCAGAAACAAGAUGUGGAAGAUUGUCUUUACUGCUCUUGCGGCGCUUUUCGCCGUCGGCUUUGGUGCUUUAGCAGGGGGCUUCCAAAACGUCGAUAUGAAUGAUGAAGGGGUGCAAAAUGCCCUGAACUUCGCCGUCGUCGAACACAACAAGGCCACCAACGACCUGUACCUCAGCCAGGUGGCAGAAGUGGUCACGGCUCAGAGACAGGUGGUUUCUGGCAUGAAGUACGUCAUAACUGUGAGAAUGGCGAAGACCCCCUGCAGAAAGGACAAUGCAGAUAACGUGUGUGCCAUCCACCAAGACCCACUAAAGGCUCAGCCUUACCAGUGCACAUUUACAGUGUGGAGCCGCCCAUGGCUUAAUGACAUCAGGCUGGUGAAGCAGGAAUGCUAGAAAAGAACUACAUGGAAAAUCUUCAGUGCAGAAUAACCAUCGUGCAGAGGAAUAUAUAUUUUCCUGUAGACAAACUACAAAAAUAUUAACAUUUUAAUUUUCUGCCUAUUCUACUUCACUGUAUACUAGAUUGAAUAACCUUUUGAAAGUCAGUGUUUGACAUCAGAAUUACCUAUGCAGUAUAGCAAUGUAGAGGUACAUUAACUGUUAGAGAAGCAACUUUGUAAUGCAUAAUCACUAAACCAAGCGAAUAACAAAUAAUUGUGCAGUGAACUGUUGAUUUAGCUUUUUUAAAAACACAUGCUGUUUUAAAAUGAAAUAACAUUAAAGAAGCAUGUGAACUUUCA